AUGAACUACAAAAUGAUAUUAAAUAAAUACACUCUUGUUUUGGGGAUAAUUCUGGUUUGCACACAACCAUGUAUAACAGACGUGAAUAUCACCAAGGUUCAUCUGAUUUUUAUGAACCACCUUGAUGUAGGUUUUAAUGGAAUAACGCCUCAGACUGGAUUUGUUAUUAAUGUGAUUAACAAAUAUUUCACCAAAUAUUUUCCUGGUGCUAUAGAAUUAGCCCUUCAAAUGAACUUUCUGGGCUAUAGAGAACGAUUGAUAUAUACUACUCAUCCAUGGUUAGUCAGUCUGUACCUUGACUGUCCACAAAAUCUUACCAUGUCUGGCAUUCAACUGAUGUGUCCAACUGAAGAACAGAGAGAAGGGUUUCUGUAUGCAGCUAAACGUGGAGAUAUAACAUGGCAUGCGGGACCAAUGAACAUGCAAUACGAAGCUCUAGAUACUGCCAUGGUAAAUUUUAGUCUGAAAUUAUCAGAGGAUAUGGAUGCUAGAAUGGAUAUUAAAAGACGGCAUCGGGUUCUCAGUCAAAGAGAUGUUCCUGGAAUGACAAGAGCACUGAUUCCAAUCUUUAACAACCAUGGUAUAGAGGGUGUAACAGUUGGUGUUAAUUCAGUGUCUUCACCACCAGCAGUUCCAAAGAUCUUCAAAUGGGUCUUCCAGAAUUCAAGUGUCAUUGCUAUGUGGCAUCCUGGAGGAUAUCCCAUUAAACCAGGUUCUUUUCCCAGCAUGCCAUUAGGUCUAUCAAGAGAUAACUGUGUAACAUUUGAACAGUUUGAUGAAGCAAUGUGUUUUUCAUUCAGAGGUGACAACCAGGGACCACCAACAUCCAUAGCAGAGGUAUUGAAUUCAUAUGAAAUAGUUAGAGGUCAGUUUCCUGGUGCUAUAGUUGAAGGUUCAGCUUUUGAGAAUUUUGUGGAAGUAGUACAGUCCGUGAAAGAUAAACUACCAGUUGUUGAUCAAGAGAUCGGUGAUACUUGGAUUCAAGGAAUAUCAUCUGAUCCUGGUAAAACAGCCAUGAUGAGAGGAUUUUUCCGAGCCAGAACAGCUUGCUUGACAUCUGCUCCAAAUUUUGAGGACGUUAUCUCUUCUUGGUCAGAACAAAGACAGUUCAUAGAUUUAGCUUUAGAAACAUUGGGAGAUCAUCCUUUAGUACAGGCUGUUGAAGAAGAAUACAAACAACUAGUACCCCAAGCUCCGGAUUUAUCAAAAUAUAAACAGCUAUCCGCCACCACGUUUGACUGUCAAAAUGGUUUCAAAUUUAGUUUUGCUGCUGAUGGAUCGUUAAAUAAAUUACAAGAUAAAGAUGGCAGAAAUUGGGCAUCAAAAUCUCAACCAAUAGGUCAGUUAUUGUAUAAGACCUACAACGAUACAGAUUUUGACAGUUUCCAAAAGCAAUAUGUCCUCAAUCAUUAUUACUGGUUUCAAGUUGGUAAAUGGAAUUUAACUGCAAACUGCCCAACAUGCGAAUCCACAAUCUGGAACACCAAAUUGCAGAAACUGUAUGCUGCAUCCGAUGGCUCCUGUGACGUGGUAGCUCUAUUAGCUAUGGAAGAGGACAGGGCUACUUCAUUUUAUGGUGCUCCACCUAAAAUUUAUGUAAAAUAUUUGUCAUCAUCUAAUACAUUUUUGUCAAUAGAGGUUCAAUUAUUUGGGAAGAAGCCUACCAGAUUAGCUGAAUCUUUGUCACUUUCUUUCCAACCAAUACGACAGGAAGGCUCCAAAUGGUAUCUCCAUAAAUUAGGUCAACUGAUCGACCCUCUUAAUGUAGUCACUAAUGGUAGCCAAAGACUUCAUGCUGUAGAUGAAGGUGUGCAAUAUAAAGACAGUAAUGGGAAGGGUAUGAUGAUUGGUUCUAAAGAUGUAGGAUUGGCAACAGUUCAUCAAACACCAACAGAUGUAUCAGUGUUACCAGUACCACUAACCCCCAUACAGUCUAUAUCAGGAGUAUCUUAUAAUAUAUUUAAUAAUGUUUGGGAUUGUAACUAUAUUUUCUGGUAUCCUUUUCUUAAACAGGACUCUAAUUCUAAAUAUAGAUUCUCUAUUACAUUUUCAUGA